AUGGAGUCAACACCCCUCAAGCUCCUCCUCUUCCUUACUCUCAUCCACCACCUAGAAUCACACUCUUCGGCCUCUACACUACCCAAAGAAGCUCUUCCCACAAAAUCCGGCUACCUUCCGGUCAAUUCCACCACCGGGUCCGCCAUAUUCUAUGCCUUCUAUGAAGCCAAGAAUACCAGCAACACUUCUCUUUCUGAAACCCCACUUGUCAUUUGGCUUCAAGGAGGACCUGGCUGCUCCUCCAUGACCGGGAACUUCUACGAACUCGGUCCAUGGCGAGUGACAGCUUCAGUGAAGCAAAACGUCGAACACCUUACGCUCGAGCCUAACCCAGGUGAGAGUUACUCUGGCAAAUAUGUCCCAUCAAUUGGGUACUACAUUCUCAAAAAGAACCCCCUUUUACCCGCUUCUAAACGGAUCAAUUUGUACGGAUUAGCUAUCGGAAAUGGAUUAACAGAUCCGGCAACGCAAGUCGCCACUCAUGCUCUCCAUAGUUACAAUCUUGGGUUGAUCAAUGAGAAGCAGAAAACCCAAAUGGAGAAACUUCAAAUUAAAGCUAUCGAACUCACAAAAGCUGGUAAUUGGAGCAAUGCAACAGAUGCAAGAAACAACGUUUUGGGAUUUCUGCAUAGCAUCACAGGUCUAGCUACUUUGUAUGACUUCAGGAGACAGGGUCCUUAUCGUUCUGAUUGGGUAGAAGAGUUCUUGAAGAACCCAGAGGUUAAAAAGGCAUUAGGAGUGAAUGAAUCGAUGGUUUUUGAGGAAUGUAGUGAUGUAGUUGGAGCAGCGGUGCAUGAAGAUGUGAUGAAGAGUGUGAAGUACAUGGUGGAGUUUGUUGUUAAGAACACUAAGUUAUUGUUGUAUCAAGGGCAGUGUGAUUUGAGAGAUGGGGUUGUGUCUGUCGAGUCUUGGGUGAAGAAGAUGAAGUGGGAAGGGAUUGGGAAGUUUUUGGAUGCAGAAAAAGAUGUAUGGAGAGUGAAUGGUGUUGUUGCAGGGUAUGUGCAGAAAUGGGAUAAUUUGAGCCAUGUGGUGGUGUUAGGGGCAGGGCAUUUUGUGCCAACCGAUCAAAAUGUGAAUUCUCAAGCCAUGAUUGAGAAUUGGGUUCUUCGUUUGCUAUCAAGAAUGCUCAAAAGCUUUCAGUUGAUUUUUGAUCAUUAA